AUGGAGCUCCCCAAACUCAAUAUACCGGCGCCCGAGAUAAAUUUCCUUAUGCAAAGCGGCAUCGUGCGAGACAGUGUUUCCAUCGAAACCGCCGAGCUUAACCUCAAAUCGCUCAAAGAUCUGGCGUGCAACUUCCUCGACCGGAAGUGUCCCGAACACGGUCUGACCCGACUGCCAGAGAGACUUUUACUGUUUCGACAUGACUACAAUCAAGAUAACUUACUCAUCCCAAUCAACACCGUCUCCGAGAUAACCGAGGGUUGUCUGGUAGAAAUAAUCGUUUCGUCAAAAGAGCUAUCCGACGAAAUAGAAAUCCGACCUCAUUGCCUAAAAAUCCAUUCCUACAAGUCUCCGACAUUUUGUGACUUUUGUGGCGAAAUGCUCUUCGGACUUGCUCGGCAAGGUUUGAAAUGCGACGGUUGCGGACAGAACUUCCACAAACGCUGCGCCUACAAGAUCCCCAACAAUUGCACGCACACUCGGAGAAGACGGUCAUCUACCUACCUGCCGGCGACGCCCACGAAGCCGUCACCCAGUUCCGAAUUCAAAGACAAGCUGGGCAACGAGAUCUCGCGCGCGGCGUCAUCCAUCCCAGCAUUCAUCGAUGACCACAGCGUGUUGCUCUCGACGCCACCGAACCGCGAUAAACGCUCACCGUCAUUGAAUAUGGGUCGACCAGUGUGGGUAGAACGCGAAUUGGCAGGCAGGAUUCGAAUCCCGCACACCUUCGUUGUCCACUCGUAUACAAAGCUCACAAUGUGCAUGCACUGCAAGAAGUUACUCAAAGGCUUCUUCCGUCAGGGUGUUCAAUGCAAAGACUGCAGAUUCAACGCGCACCGGAAAUGCGAGGAAAAAGUUCCGAUGGACUGUCCUGGGGAAGCUCCGAAAGGCUGGAAUCCUGAAUUCACGGUGGAACUUGACUUGCCGGCAAACAAGACCGGCGACGCCGAUAGCGAUAACGACUUGGACGACGAAUCGCUGUCAACCGCCGAGAAUUCGAAACAAGGUUCUCAAGAAUCGCAGGAAUCACAAGAUGAGAAGCAAGCUCUGAAUGAAAGUUCAUCGAACAACAUUCCUCUCAUGCGAAUCGUGCAGUCGGUGAAGCACACGAAAAAACGCGGCAGUGGAGCCAUUAUAAAGGAGGGCUGGCUCGUUCACUUCACCGACAAGGACGCGCUACGGAAGCGUCACUACUGUCGUCUCGACACCAAUGCACUCACAUUCUAUCAGAGCGAACACUCGAGCAACUACUACAAAGAAAUUCUUCUGACGAACGUCGUCGUAUUGGCACUCCGCAACGAAUCGAACCCGCAACAAUUCUGCUUCGAGUUGAAAACUCCCACCUGCACUUUUUUCGUGGGCGAUGAACGCGACAAAAGUUGGGAAACCGCCAUCCGACAGGCCUUGUUACCAGUAACCGCGACUCAAGCCAAACCUUCCGAAACGGCGGAUUCUCCCGCCGACGGCAGUCAGGGUUCAAACGUCGACAUCAGUCUCCGCUAUCAAAUCUUCCCCGAUGAGGUGCUCGGCUCGGGCCAGUUCGGAAUCGUCUACGGUGGGGUUCACCGAGUAACACAGAAGCCCGUUGCAAUUAAGGUGAUCGACAAACUUCGGUUUCCAACGAAACAGGAAGCUCAACUCAAGAACGAAGUGUCAAUACUUCAAAAUAUUCAACAUCCUGGAGUCGUAACACUCGAGCGGAUGUACGAAACUCCGGAACGAAUUUUCGUCGUGAUGGAGAAACUCAAAGGCGACAUGUUAGAGAUGAUUCUGCAAUGUUCCAAGGGACGGCUUACGGAACGCACAACCCGUUUCCUGAUAUAUCAAAUCCUGAUGGCGCUGAAAUUUCUUCAUUCCAAGAACAUUGUUCACUGCGAUCUUAAGCCGGAGAAUGUGCUCCUUAGCAGUGACAACGACUUGCCCCAGGUGAAACUCUGUGAUUUCGGAUUCGCCAGAAUAAUUGGUGAAACGAGUUUUCGUCGAUCAGUAGUUGGCACACCUGCUUAUCUCGCUCCAGAGGUGCUUCGUGAUAAAGGCUAUAAUAGGUCCCUCGACAUGUGGUCGGUGGGCGUCAUUAUCUAUGUCAGUCUAUCUGGAACUUUCCCCUUCAACGAGGACGAGGAUAUCAACGAUCAAAUCCAGAACGCCGACUUCAUGUAUCCACCGCAGCCUUGGAAAGAGAUUUCGGUCGAUGCAGUUGAUCUUAUCAGUAACCUCUUACAGGUUAAGACAAGAAAACGCUUCACGGUCGACAAAUCUCUCGCGCAUACGUGGCUGCAAAACUAUCAGAUGUGGACGGAUUUGAUCCACCUCGAAAGCCAAGUGGGAGUUCGCUAUCUCACGCAUGAAUCGGAUGACGCUUUCUGGGAGAGCUUUGCUUUAAAGAACCACCUUGAUCUUCCCGAUCGUCCGCCAUGCCACGAGAAGUCUGCAUCGGAAGCAAGCGGUGCUGAGGCGAACGCACAACACGCUCCCGUGCGGCAGAAGCUCUCGGUGCAAACCGAAGUGUCGGAACCGACGACACCGACGACCGAUCAGCAGUUCAAUAGGAUCAAACUCUGAACGUCGGGAACCGAUAUCCUGAAGCAGCAGCAGUCGAACCCUCUCGGUUGCGUCCUCUCGCUCUCCUAGUCUCCGAAUCAAUGUCUGAGGGAGUCGUACCGGGAGCCCUGGCCCAUCUUUGCACAAUCACUGCGUCUCGGAUGACUUGCACUUCCAGCACCGACGACUGUCGUCCUCUUGUGUCGUGACUACACUUUCUCGGAAUCAGCAAGGAUUCGCACCCGGUUCGGACCCCCAUACACACAGUCUACAGGGUGAUCCCCUACGAAUGAUCACGUAGCUUUUAGGCACAUAGCCAGCGUAGAGAUUAGUGCUCCUUCUUCCGGCCCAGUAAGGAUGUUACAUUCCGACGACUGUAUUGUUAUACUCUUUUAAGACGAAUUGUUGAUGCGAAUAAUGAAUUACCCGAAAAUACGUCUGCAUGUCCCAUUUGUAUGAACAAUAAUGAAUCGAUCGAGUGAUACUGAUUUGGAUGGAUUUAGAGAGGACCGGACAACGAACUGCCGCGCUGUCUCUCGAAUGACUGGCUAUGAUACUUAGAAAUUGAAGCCCUUCUCAAAUAAUUAGAGCCAAUUCUAACUUUGUUCGUCAAUCAUCUUGCAUCGCCUCCUCUAUAAUGGUGAUGAUAUUGUUAUCUCAAUAACCGUUCUUCUUUUCAACGGAGCACUUGAACUACAAAAACCCGAUGCUGGGGCGACUGGAAUACCGGAUAUUCCGCGCCACAUAUCUGAGACUCUAGAUAUCGAAAUGACAAUU